CAAAUGAUAUUUCGAGAACAUGUAUAUUUAAGUUAACUCGGAAAAAUGACUGUGUAGUGUUAAUGUAUAUUGCUUCACUAUUACAAAUUAUUUUAAUAAAACAUAUAGAAAUAUUAAAGAAAGAUAGAAGCUGAUAAUAACAUCAGUAUGUCGAAAUCUAUGGGGUCUUCGUGAACAAAUGGUGUAACGUACGGAUGUGUAAUUACGAGCCGCGUGUGGGAUGUUAUUCACUAAUACAACAGAAUGACAUUCAAUUACGACAUUAAUUGAGAGAAUUCUAACGUGUAGUCUCGGGAUCAACAACGGGCAGUGCCCAUUUAAAACGAACCUAACCUUGAACACGAAUAAAAUCGAAAAAUGGGGAGCAUGUGUAAUGACUGUAUGGCUAGAGUGCCAUAUGCAACUCUUAUUGCAACAAUAGUGUGUUGCUUAGGAGUAGGUAUAUUUUGUGGUACAAUGUAUAGAGGUGUUACAUUAGGUUCUUUAAUGAUGGAUCAGGUAUUUCAUUUAAGACUCGGAUACUUGGAAGCUGUUCAGUUAACUUUCGCAACAAUUGGUGCUAGUAUGGCAGCUUUGGGUUUUAUGAUAUUAUGUGUUGGUUGUCUUGCAACUGGAGCUACAAGACAUAAAGUAUAUAGAGCAUGGAGGUCUAGAGUUGGUGGACGUAUUUCUUGUGCUGUUUUCAUGACAAUCACUUAUAUACUACAACUAGGUUGGCUUCUAAUAUUUGCAUUUAUGGUUAUAAUUGCUUGGAUUUUUACUAUAUUCUGGGGUUUAUGUAGUAAUCCUAGUGUCCAAUCUCUUGAUAAAUGUAUUGAUUUUACCCAAUUUAGUUUCAUAUUUCCAAAUAACACAAGAAUAGAGGAUAUGAAAGUAUGUGGACCACAAGAAGUAAAACUAUUUUGUAAAGAUUUUGUUGAAAAGGCAGAAGUCAUGUUUAUUUUGGCAACCGUAGCUGCUAUGUUGGUUGUGUUAAGUCUUGUACAUUAUUUGAUGUGUUUAUCUGCCAAUUAUGCACAUAUUAGGGAUCAUGAAAAGUUUCAAGAAUUACAAGAACUUCAGUACCUGCAAGACCCAGGAGAUCCAGACUCUCCCCAACCCGGUAUGGGAACCUUGAGCUCGCAUCAUCGUGCUAAAGAUAGAUUCUAGGAUACGGCCCGCGAGAUCUUCGCGAUGAAUCCUUUAUAACUCCAAUAUUCUUGUUUACAAAAGAUUGAAGAUAUUUAUUCUACAAGAAUUGAUAACUAUUCGAUGUUAUUCUUCUCUAUGUACCUAAAUUCAGUAUUCUACUAAUUGAUUAAUGUUGUAGUAGUUUACUGAUCGAGGAUCUCGCGGGAACACUUUAUGCCGUCCAUAUUCUGCGACUGUCUUGUAAGCAUUUAUUUUGUCUUAAAGCUAUACAUCCGAUUUGAGGCAAAUAAGAAUUUCAUCUUUCGUAGCGUUAAUUUAUUCGAUUAUUUGUUGAAUUUCUAUAUAUAGUAUAAGA